UAAGGCGUUGACGAAUCAGGAGAGUCGGAUCCUUUCCGACCCGAAACCGAGUGAUUACCCACAACUCCCCCUCCGUCUCCUCGGCCUCUUUUCCCUGUAGCUGAAACCCUAAUCAGAUAGUAAAUUUGUUUGAAGUUUAGCACAGUUUUAGGGGAAAUUGAUAGGAAUAGGCAGAAGGAAGAUGACUGUAUCACUGUCGAAACUCCGCAAUGUGUUACCCUUCUCCAGACUCUUCAGGCAACUGGAGCUGGAUAUGGAAACUGUAGUUAAGGUACUACAACCUGGUCCACUAGGCAUUGUGGAACACAAAUUUUCUGCUGAGGAAAUACAGAAAGCCAGUGACACCGUUAAGCAUGCAGUGAGUAAUUGGCGUAGGCAGGCUAACAUUGAGAAACAUAGCCCCAUCAUGAAAGAUUUUAUUGAUGUAUGAGAGAAUUGUUUCUUCAUUUGCUGUCAAUAAUCUCAUGAAAAGACAAUAGUGUAAAUUUGUAAGCUCAAUAGAAAUAAACUAUAGUUAUACUUAUGACUAAAGCUCUAGUCGUUCUGUUUCCCAA